AGAUUAAAUCUCAACCGUUUCACCCAGGACGUCACCGCACUCACACACACGAGACUCUCUCGACCCUGCUCUCUGUUUUUCUUCUUCGGCACCCCUCCCCAUUACCAACUCAUCUAUCAUCUCACAGAGAGAGAGAGAGAGAGACCAAAGAGAGAGUAGUUGAUUGAGUUCGUCCGAAGUAUGAUUCAAAACCGAUCUCAGGUUGCGUAACAUCCCACCGUGACGCUACCACCAAGAUUCGAUUUUUCACCCUCCAGCUUUCACCAUGAGUGCAGGUGGUGCCUUUGGUGGUAAUAGGGGACUGAGCCCAGUUCCUCCGGAGAAAGGUGUCUUUCCUUUGGAUCAUAUGCAUUUGUGUGACCUGGAGAAAAAGGAAUACCUCAGUUGUCUCAAAACUUCGGGCCACCAAUCAGAAAAAUGUAGACUCUUCUCAAAAAAGUACCUGGAAUGCCGAAUGGAAAAAUUUAGCUAUCCUAUUUCGUGGAUGAAACUUUUUGGCGUAUCUAAAUAUGAUGAAGAUCUUGAACCAAAAACUGAGGAAAACAAUUUAAUGGAACUUGAUGGCAAAACAAGACAUGUCGGAACUUGGAUUCGUUAGGGAAAGUAACUCGGACGCUUCUGGAGAGAAGGUUUCCGAGCGGAUUGCUAACUAGAUCGGAUGAUAACUUAGAAGAGGACAGUAGUUGGGAGAGUUUUACUGAACAUUGAAUCUUGAUCAUGGAAGAACUACUUGUAAAGGAUCCAAGAACAUUAGUGUUUUGGUUUUUUCAAAAGAUGUUAAUGGUUUAUUUUCGUAGACUUGUAGAGAAGGCAAUGAAGCUAAUUUUUGAUA